GAUACACACGUACGCGGAACUGCGCCGUAAAGGAGGGACAGAGAGAGGUACGAACGAAGAAGAGGAGGACGAAGAAGUAGAAGAUGAGCAAGACGUGCGCCCGCUGCGAGAAAACGGUCUACCCGAUCGAGGAGCUGAAAUGCCUCGACAAGAUAUGGCACAAACAGUGCUUCAAGUGUCAGGGUUGCGGAAUGAUCCUGAACAUGCGGACGUACAAGGGGUUCAACAAACAGCCAUACUGUGAGGCACACAUACCAAAGGCGAAAGCCACCACAAUGGCGGAGACGCCGGAGCUGAAGCGUAUCGCGGAGAACACGAAGAUCCAGAGCAACGUGAAGUACCACGCGGAGUUCGAGAAGGCGAAGGGUAAGUUCACCCAGGUGGCGGACGACCCGGAGACCCUGAGGAUCAAGCAGAACAGCAAGAUCAUCUCGAACGUCGCGUACCACGGCGAGCUCCAGAAGAAGGCGAUCAUGGAGCAGAAAAGGACGAUGACCGGCGAGAAUGGCGAACAAAUUGAGUACGUAGAGUACACGGACGGUACGAUCGCGCCUGCAUCGGGCGUGAACGCGAAUCCACCGGCGGCGAGAAGCGCGAGCUCGCCGGUGCAGAGGACACCAGGUAGGAUCGCCGAUUACGAUCCCCUUAGCGAGGCCAGACCCAGCCCCUAUUCCGCCAGACAAGCGGCCACCACUGUGAUUUAUACGAGCGACAAGGGACCAGUGACGAACCCGCCGACGAGAAAGAUCGGUUCGGUAGCGGAUAUAGACCCAGUGAACGACUACUACGGAUCGUUGACGCCCGCCACGAAUAACAACCACGUUCCACAGCAUCAACCGCCGCCACCUCCACCCACCAACGUUGGGCGAGUGUACCGAGCGAUGUACGACUACGAGGCACAAGAUCUGGACGAAGUGAGCUUCUGCGAUGGCGAUUUAAUCGUGAACUGCACGGCCAUCGACGAGGGCUGGAUGACCGGUCUGGUGCAGCGCACGGGCCGCCACGGCAUGCUGCCCGCGAACUACGUCGAGCCGGCACAGAUCUAAGGGAAGCUUCCGGUCGCGCGUUAAGUGUCCUCUCAUCGUCUUCGUUUCCCCCUGCGGUGGUCGGGGCACUCGAUCGAACAAGAAAAGUAAACGAAAUGAAACACAACAGAGCAAACGGUAAAGAAAAAUAAGUGGAGACGGACAGUGAGGAAAACGAGCGAGCGAGCAGGGUGCGCGGAGCGGAACCCCUUGCAGAAAGGGAAGAGAGACGACGAUGGAAACUGCCGCAGCGGCAUUCGACAUCUUCCUUCCCGCUGCUCGACGAUCUUCCGAAUCUUCGACGAUCUCUGGCCGAUCGCACGGAACCGUGAACCGCGUCGUUUCGAAAGACAGGAGAUACGCCCGGCACGGAGAGAUCUCUCCUGGAUCCCUCCUCGGGCAGAGAUCGAAAGCCGGGGGAUCGGACGCGAGAGAGAAUAAUCCAAGAGCGUUGAAUCGAGGAUUCUCAGCGCUCUCCCGAUUCAUCGUCUCGUGUCCGUUGUUUUUCGAAUAGGAUCGUCGAUCAUCCUUUCGCGGGUAGUGCAACGAAGGACCUGGGACGAGGGAUCGAGAGCUGUAUCCGCGCUACGUGUCCGGAGGACAGUCGUUCGUUCCGGUCGGUCAGUCGUUCUCUCGUGCUCCGGUUAAAUUCCGAGUGCCUGCAUUCUUGCAUUUCAGUCGGCGACUACGAAAAUAUAGAAAUUCCACGUUGGGACCAAACUCGGGGCUCGCCUCGUCGACGAGGGAGCACGGGCCCGCUAAGUGCCUUUCGCGAACAGCGACACGCGCCACGAGGAACCGAGCGAAACGUUCGAGGCACACCGGCAUCGUUUUCUUUUAUAUUGUUUCUCGCAGCGAGCUUGAGUUGCAAUCAUUCCGUUGCUUCGAGGAUUCCACUUCUGUUCUUCUUCUGUUUCCCUUCCCCCCUCUGUUUUUUUGUUUGUUUUUAGUUUCAUUUCUUCGACGCGCGGUAGGAAAACGCGUUCCGGCGCGACAACAAAGACCGGAAGCUUCCAUGUCUUUCUCACCGUCGACGCAGUUUCGUUUCGUUUUUUUUUCUCUUUUUCGAAGACUCGGUGUCGCAAGAUAGACGCUGAAUUUAAUUUUUUUACACGUGCACACGUAUCGUCGAUGACUCUCCUUUUUCUUCUUCUUUUUAAUUGGUGGUAGCCACUGUCCUGUCAGUCUUUGCCCAUCGUCGCGCGUCGUUCGUCGAACGUCGGCUUCGUGAAACCGUCCACGCUCGACGGAGAUCGCUAUUUAUUUCACGGGGAUGGACGGUGUUCGAGCUUCAUAGGCUGCGGUUACGUUUGACGUGUAUUCGAACGAAUUGACGUUUUGAGGAAUCCGAUACGUCAAUGGAAUUAAAUGUCUGUCCCAGUAAUGAGCAACAUUUGAUUCGCGGUGGGCAAACAUUGGGAGCCUAAUAUUCUACCCGGGCCGCGGGUUGCUCGUAUAUUUAUGAGAUUCAGAUAUUUAUUCGCCGGAACGCCAGUUCGACAAAAAACGCGUCUAAUGUAACCACAGCUUUGUCCCCAAACGCGGAGACUCGAACAUAACGCCUUCACCGCGUUCAUUGUGAUCGAAAAGGAACAACGAUGUGCCUUAUAUACGUAGAUCCUCUAACUAAGAACGAUCGAAACGCGAAACUCGCGAGUCCAGACGAGGAGAUUGAUCGUUCGAACGGGGAAAGGGAAUAAUGAUUCACGGGCGGAACGUCUGUUUCGUUGAUGCAUGUGGCCGCGAGU